UUUGUGGUAUGUACAUUUAAGGUCAUUUUUUGUUUAUUUUGACUUGGUAUUAACCUGUUUUCUUAAUUUAGUGGAAACAAUAGAAGAGUUUCGUGGAUCGAGGUUACGAAGUUCAAUGAUUGUAGUUGUUUUAUUCUGAAGUAAACAUAAUAAAUAUCACGCGUUUGUGACCAUAUAUUUUGAUUUUGUCGGUAAGAGGCAGUUAGGUUUGUACUUACACGUCACAGGAAGUGAAGAUGAAAAUUCUAUUGGUUUUGAUGAGUUUGUGUGAACUCGCUUGCUGUGCUCGGAUCCUUGCAAUGUUGCCGUUUCCCAGCAAGAGUCACAGUAUUUUGCACAAUGCCAUUUUCCGUUUGUUGGCUGAAAGAGGUCACCAAGUAACGGUUUACAGUGCAUACACUCCACCCGCCAGUGUGGCCAACAUUACACAUGUCGACCUACCCACUAGUCUCAAAGAGCUGACGAGUACGUGGACGUUUGAACAGUUCAAAGAGAUUGUGGACGAAAACCAUUUUUAUGGGUUUUCAGUGAAGGGCUAUUUCGAAUUGUCAACUUUAGCUUGCGAAGACGUCUUUAAAAAUCGAAAUAUAAAGGAACUGCUCGAGUCAGAUGAGUCUUACGACUUAAUUUUCCUUGAACUUGGGCUAGGACAGGAGUCUUUCUCUGUUUUUAGUCACAAAUUCAAAGCUCCCAUAAUCAAUUUUCAUGGAUUUACAUCUUGGAGUCUAAUUGACUGGGUUCCUGGAAACGCUUUAUCCAUCGCCCACAUUCCCGAAGUAGCUUCAUUUCCAUUUGGAAACAAAAUGUCGUUGAAGGAACGGCUCCAGAAUUUUUUGUCAACUUGUCUUAGUUUACUGUACCUCCAUUUAGUACAUCUGCCAAAGCAACAAAAGUUGGCAGAACAGUACUACAAAGGUGCCAGCUAUAUGCCUCAUGUAUCAGAAAUGCUGAAAGAGAUCGCAAUCACUUUUAUAAAUUCACAAAAGAAUUUAGAAUACCCCAGACCGUAUACACCAAAUAUGAUUCCCAUUGCAGGAGCACAUUUGGCAACUCAUAUGACACCUCUACCUCCGGACAUAAAAACAUUCAUCGAAAAAGCUCAAGAAGGGGCAAUUUUCUUCAGUUUGGGUACAUAUGCUCCAGCACAUCUUCUGCCCAGUAAAUAUAUUCAGGCAUUCGUCAACGCGUUCAAAAAGAUGCCUCAGGUGGUCAUAUGGCAAAUCGAGCUGGAAAAUAUACCUGAACUGCCUAAAAAUGUGAUGCUCACGAAAUGGGCGCCUCAACCUACGAUAUUAAGUAAUCAGCACGAAACCUUUCAUGCUGGAAAACCUGUCGUUGGGAUCCCGUUCUUUCGUGAACAGAGAUACAACAUGAAGUUCUACGAAAAGUUAGGAGUUGGUAUUACAUUGGAACUGAAUGAUAUUACAGAAGAAACUGUCUACAUGGCAAUUACAAAGGUGCUAAACGAUUCGAGCUUCAGAGAGAACGCCAAAAGAGUGUCCAGAAUUGUGAGAGACCAGCCCAUGUCUCCAGCUGACACAGCCGUGUACUGGGUAGAGUACGUAUUGAGACAUGGAGGUGCUCCUCAACUUAAGCCAUUUUCCUUGUCUCUUAAAUGGUAUCAACUAUUCUUGUUGGAUGUUGCUUUAUACCUGAUUGUCCUUCUGGCAUUAUUUAUAGUCUUUGUUUACUACAUCAUGAAGAGAAUGCUCAGAUUUUUAAUGGAAACAAAAGAUAUUUUUAGAUUCCUGGAUAAUGAAAUGCGCUAUAUAUUUGACAUUUCACAAGCUAUCUCAGCAAAGAUGUCCGUAGACAUGUUACGACACGUGGCGAGGCGUACCUCCUCCAUACAGAUGUAUACCAAAACACAUAAAAAGAUACAGCCAAAACAAAUCCAAUUUAAGACUUGUCUUAAACGCCUGUUGGUGUCCAAAGCGUUCUACUCUGUUGAUGAGUCACUGGGAUACGUGGUAAUCGAAAAGGUUGGAUUUGAGAUCCACCACCGGCCACGAUUAUCUGGGUUCCCAUCUACACCGUAUUGGGGUAAAUACAGAUGCGGCCAACACCCCAGAAUGGACACAGUCCAACUGCCCAAGGGUCCGGCCCUAGCCGUCAACCCCACAGACGAAGAUGACGGCUACAGGGAGAUCGUCCGCUUCUACUGA